ACCCCUUUGCGCUUUUUGCUUUGAACUUCUUGUGUUUGAGUUUGCCAUGAAGGGACUUCCGACGGCCGAAAGGCCGGACGUACAACCGCCUUCUAGGGCGCGUUCGAUUGCCAAAAAGGUUAUCAUCCUUAUACUAUGCCUUUAUCUUAUCGAUGUCGCUAUUGUGAAGGCGUUGCGCAUGGCACGGUGCCAUCAUGAUCAUCCAGACUUCAAAGCACUGAACUUCAGCUGGGACACUCUUCCCACCAAGAAGACCCUGGAUUUUCAGACGUGCUUCAAAGACUUAAAGUGCGCCCGCGUCGAGCUCCCCUUGGACUACUGGAAUGGCACGAAUCCGGACAAGAUUAUCAGCCUUGCAGUGGCUGUAAAGCCGGCCAAAGUGCCCGUCACCGAUCCCCGCUACGGUGGCCCCAUCUUCCUGAAUCCCGGAGGCCCUGGAGGCUCCGGCACUCAUUUGGUCAUUGAUGAAGGCUCGGCGAUACGGUCCAUGAUUGACUCGACGGGAGACCCUAGCUCGGAGGCGGCAGAGAACUCGACGGCCAAGUACUAUGACCUUGUUGGAUUCGACCCGCGCGGAGUCGGCAAGACCACGCCCGGCGCGCAUUGCUUCGACUUUGAACCCAUCAGAGAGUCCUGGAAUCUGCGCCGCGACGCCAACGGAAUCCUAGGGAGCUCGGAUGCUGUUCUUGGGCGGCGCUGGGCGAUGGUUAAGGCUCUUGGCUCCACGUGCGCUUACUCGGCGAAAGACGGAGACGACAUCAAGCAGUUUAUCACCACGGCCUCUGUUGCACGUGACAUGCUUGAGCUUGCGGAGCUCUUCGGUCAGUGGAAAGAGCAGGAGACCUGGAGGAUUAUGGUCCAAGAUGCAAUCGCCAAGAGGAAAGGCCACGAGUCCAUGUCUAUGCAGUUGCCUAGGCUGUAUAUCGCGGGUCAGGAGAAGUUGCAAUACUGGGGCUUCUCUUACGGAACCGCUAUUGGGAACACUUUUGCUGCCAUGUACCCGGAUCGAGUGGGAAAGCUGGUCCUUGACGGCGUCGUGGAUGCAAACAACUACAUGAAAGCGCUCUGGUCGAACAACCUCGAGGACGCAGAAAAGGACAUGCAGCAGUUCUAUGACCGCUGCGCCGAGAGCGGGCCAGAAAGAUGUCCACUGGCAAAGGAAGGCUGGACUUCUGCAGACAUCAAGAAAGAAGUCGACAAGAUCUUCGCCGAUCUUUAUCACAACCCGCUCCAAGUAGUCGACGACGACAUACCAGAAAUCGUGACGUACAGCGACAUCAAGACGCUGCUCUUCAUGGCCAUCUACUCUCCAAUCGAGCACUUCCCCAACAUCGCCAAAAUCCUAGCCGCCGUGCGCGACCGCGAAGGCAAAGACAUCGUGCAGCGGUUCCUGAGCCCACAGCACACGUUCGCGUGCUCAGCCAAAGGCAACGUGACGCAGGUGGCGCCCGUCGACGGCGAGGCCGCCAUGGCCAUCAUGUGCUCGGACGGCGACGCGCAGGACUUCCUCACCAUCACGGCGUUUGACGCGUUUUGGCGCGAGCUGGCCGACAUCAGCCCCACGUCCGGCGCCAUCUGGGCGGCCCAUCGCCUCAACUGCGCCGGCUGGAAGAUCCGCCCCUUGCACCGCUUCCGCGGGCCUUUUGGCGGCGAUACUGCGCAUCCCAUCUUGUGGGUGGGCAAUACGGCCGACCCUGUCACGCCGCUGUCCAACGCCCACGCCAUGGCGAAGCUGUAUCCGGGGUCGGCGGUGCUGACGCAGAACUCGCCGGGACACUGCUCUCUCGCCGCCUUCUCGCCCUGCACCGUCGCGCAUAUCCGCGCGUACUUCCACAACGGCACGCUCCCUGCGCCCGACACCGUGUGCGAGCCCGUCGAGAUCCCAUUCCUGACGCCAACGGAUCCAGGGAAUGGCGCGCAGGCGUUGUCAGUCGACGAGAUGCGUGUCGCGGCUGCGCAUGCGGGGCUGCGGCGGGCGUGGGCUAGGACUGCGUCGUGGGGGCUGGGCAGGGGCGUGCUGCCUAGAGGUGUGUUGGGGCUGGAUGGUGUGUGAGGAUGAAGGGGGCGAAGAAUGAGGAGAUUCCUCUCCUUUCUCCAUCUAACCUUCUCGCUCUCUUCAGAAGGUUCUCUGUUCUCCGGAACUUCACGACCUCUUGAUCUUGGCUUCUGUCGUUUCAUUGGAUACUCACCACGCAUAUCAUAUCAAAUACAAGCACGCGCACAAGCAUAGCCUGCGUCCUUUCAUUUACCUACGGAUGCCGGGCCAGUUCAAGUUUUUCGCCUUCCUUUUUGGGACAGACCUGGUACAGGGGUGUUACCGUGGUAACGAGGCUACGUAAGGUCUGUUUUUACAGGGCUUUUUUUAGGCCUAGAGCCCCCAAUUUAGGCACCCUAGGCCAGGGAAAGACCUAAAAAGACGCCUAAUGCUAGGGCCGUUGCUGAGGCAGCAACUCCUGUAUCCGUCUAAUCCCAAAACGGAAGGCGAAAAACUUGAACUGGCCCGGCAUCCGUAGACUCCGACAGCCAG